AUUUAUGUCGGGUUGGUUUGGAGGACUUGAACCAGUUGUAGUCGCAAGUCUGACGUUGGUGGAUCUAAAAAUAAGUUUUCGGAAUUGCUGUUUUGUUAUUCUUUGUGAUUAUUUUGCAUUUUUAUAAAAUAAAAAUGCUGGAUUUAUCAUUACUUUUCGCUGUUUGCUUCAUAACGUUGGUCAGCUGCGCUGUUCCUGACCAGCUUCAACAAAACAAAGAAGUUUACAGUAGAAUUAAGAAAAGGAGCUACUACCCUAGUUCGUGGGCACCAAGAAAUUCGGUUUCACCUUACAAUGCAGCAGCUGCAUUCAAAGCAUCUCCAUACACAAUCCGAAGACCCUACAUCAUCCCAGUGUACGGUAAUCAAGGGGGUAAUCUCAUGUUUUACCCGCCUCAGCCGGUCUACAUGAAUCCAGGAUCGCCCAUCGAUAAUCCAAUCAAACGUCCUUAUCAAGGACCCACUUAUCUACCUCCAAAGAAGGACAUGAACAGUUUGGUUCCGAAUCGAAUCGGAGGAGAUGAUUUUGAUGAUGAUGACGAUAGGCCUAUUUGGGGUCCUUCUGGAAUGGUUCAGAUACCUUUGAGUAAUAAUGGUGAAGCAAAAGAAUCUGAAAAACCAACCAGACCACCAACAGCAGUACUACCCUCAGUACCUCCCCUAAUCCACAAUCAAUCCAAAGCUCAACGGCCCCUAGUCCGAACCACAACAAUCAAACCAGCAGUACCUUCAGGUCCAAGCAAUUGCGUUUGGGCCAUAAUAUCCUGUUGUUCGGUCGGCAAUCCUGCCGAAGUGUCCCAAAACUGUUUCGAACAAAGAGGCUGUCCUGGACCAUUUUGGGGCGACAGCCCUUGUACAGGGGAGUUUGCUAAAGCCGCAAUAUCUUCAGCGGUGAAUUAUUACAAUCAGAAUCACCCCAACGCAAGGGUGAUUAGAAGUUGAAGCUUCAAAAAGUGUACAUAUUUUGUAAAUAGUUUAUCAGUCUUUUUUGACUAUAAAUUUAUCAGAGUUUUUAUGUUCCUUGAUUAGUGUAUUAGUGUAGAUUAUAUAUAUUUAUUUAUGUAAUAGUACUUACUGAAAUAAAAAAUGUUUGUUUUAUAGUAAAUCAAUACAA